AUGUCAUAUGAGAAAGAACAAACUGUAGCUAUACAAGCAUGCCUACAAGCAGCCAAGUUAUGUGAACGUGUGCGUUCUACUAUACCAGUUGCUAUAGAAAAAGUUGAUCAUUCGCCAGUCACUUUAGCAGAUUUUGGUUCACAAGCAUUAAUAUGUCAUCGAAUCCAUAGUGAAUUUCCUGAUGAUCCUAUUGUAGCUGAAGAAAGUCCAAAGGUAUUACUCAAACCUGAACAAGCCGAUAAUCUUAAACAAAUCGUUGCCUAUGUUAAAGAGGAACAUAAAGAUGCAGACGAGCAGCAAGUUAUUGAAUGGAUCGGAUAUGGUACAGGACAUGUUAGUCAACGUUAUUGGACAUUAGAUCCAAUUGAUGGCACCAAGGGUUUCAUACGUCGGGAUCAAUAUGCAAUUGCACUUGCUUUGAUCGUUGAUGGUGAUGUUAAAGUUGGUAUCUUAGCAUGUCCAGCAUAUGGUGACGAUGGUGGCCUUUUAUUCUAUGCUGUACGUGGUAAAGGUGCUUAUUCACAAUCCAUUAAAGCAUUUAAUACAACAAUACCAACUCGUAUCUAUACAGUGAUAGACAAUGAUAUAAAUAACUUUCGUUUUGUUGAAAGUGUCGAAGCUGCUCAUGGAGAUCAAGCUAAACAGACUAAAAUUGCACGUAUUAUUGGCAUUCAAGCAGCUCCAAUACGUAUGGAUUCUCAAGUCAAAUAUGCUGCAGUUGCUUGUGGACAAGCCGCAAUUUAUUUUCGUUUUCCUAAUCCACAUAGUCAUGGUUAUCGAGAGAAUAUUUGGGAUCAUGCAGCAGGUGCAAUUAUUGUCCAAGAAGCCGGUGGAAAAGUAACUGAUAUGGACGGAAAAGCAUUAAACUUUCGAGAUAAUGAAAAAAUGCUUGACAAUCGUGGAGUUGUUGUCAGUAAUGGAUCAAUUCAUGAAAAAAUACUUGAAGCCGUAAAAGAUUGA